GCGCGGGAUAUCUUUAUCCGACAACAUCUUGUUUGCCUGGACCGUGAGGUGCCGGACAAAAUGGAUAACGAAAAGUACCUCCCGGAGCUCUUGGCAGAGAAGGACUCUCUCGACCCCGCAUUUCAGCAUGCUGUAAGACUUCUGGACCAAGAAAUCGACAAAGUUCAGAAAGAUGACGGAAAAGAAGAUGAGAAGUUCAUCGACGUCGUCAUUAACAAGAACAUGAAGCUCGGACAGAAAGUGCUGAUACCAGUCAAACAGUUCCCAAAAUUCAACUUCGUGGGCAAGCUGCUGGGGCCACGCGGGAACUCGUUAAAGCGGCUACAGGAAGACACGCUCACAAAGAUGUCAAUUCUCGGCAAAGGAUCCAUGCGGGACAAAGAGAAGGAAGAGGAGCUACGGAAGAGCGGAGAGGCCAAAUACCAGCACCUGAACGAGGAUCUGCACGUGCUCAUCGAGGUGUUCGCGCCACCCGCAGAGGCCUACGCCAGGAUGGGCCACGCCCUCGAAGAGAUCAAGAAGUUCCUCAUCCCGGAUUACAAUGAUGAGAUCCGCCAGGCCCAGCUGCAGGAGCUGACGUACCUGAACGGUGGCUCGGAGGAUGCCAAGGUGCCGGCGGUGAGAGGCAAGCCAGCUGCACGGGCGCGAGGCACACCUGCCCCCGGACCUCCCAGGAGUCGAGGCGGAGUGCCUCCUCCGCAGGCAGCGGUGCCCCGGGGCGUGGCGCCCAGAGGGGCCCCCCCAAGCCGGGUGCCCACCAGCAGAGGCAGGGGCCCAGCACAGCGGGCACGAGGGGCGCCCCCGCCCGCAGGCUACCGGCCCCCGCCCCCCAUCGUACAGGACUCCUAUGGGGAGUAUGACUAUGACGACGAAUACAGCACAGCAUAUGACGAGCAAGGGUAUGACUCCUAUGACAACAAUUACAGCAAUCAAGCUCAAAACUCAGAUGACUACUACGAGUAUGGGCACAGUGGCAGUGGGGAAUCGUACGACUCAUAUGGCCCUGAAGAGUGGACAAACAACCGCACCAAGGCCCCCUCAGCGAGAACCACCAAAGGAGUGUACCGGGAACAACCCUACACCAGAUACUGACAUCCCUGCCCACCACCUACACCCUCC